AUUAAAUAAUGUUUAAUAAAUAAUAUUAGAACAAGUAUAAAAUUAAAAUUAAAGAAUGAAAAUUAUUUACAAAAAUAAAGAUAGAAUAGUUUUUAUACUAUAACAAUUUUCAAUUUUUUUAUAAAUACGCGAGGAAAGAGGAAUGGUCAAGGAUUCAUAAGAAUGAAAAUAACAGCAACAAUAUUAUAUAUAUAAUGUUGCGCUAUAUCUAUAUGUACAUUGAAGCGAUCGUACAUAUGUUCGAAAUAAUUAAUAAUCCGAGAAAAGGAAAACGGGAAUGCUAACCAAGACUUGUGCAAAGCGCGAGAUUGUCCGCUGCUAUCCCUCGCAGAGCAUGUUGCACAUACCAUCAGAACACAGGAGAUUCCGCCGUGUUCAUGGUCUACAGUUACCACUACAUCCUCAGCAAAUAAUCGGUUGGGUAUUGCUAAUCGUCGUGUUUGCUGGUACUUUUACUGUGCUGCUGACGACACCGCUGUUACCUGAUCUACGUUUUAUCCUCUCAUUGCUAUUUGCUGUUUUGUUCUUACUUCACGUGCUGACCCAUCUGACGGUAGUACUACUGGAUCCGGCCGAUCCCGAAGUACGCGCUCGACCGGUCAAUGAAGAUGUGCCAGAAUUUGACCGUACGAAACACCAGCAUGUUAUCGAGAACGGCCGUUGUCAUCUAUGUAAUAUCACGACGCGAGAUUUGUGUACCAAACACUGUUCCAUCUGUAACAAAUGCGUGCCACGCUUCGAUCACCAUUGCAAGUGGCUAAACAACUGUAUCGGGAAGCGUAAUUAUCCGGCAUUCCUGGCGUGCUUGACGUCGACAUUAUUUAUUGCGCUCGCAGUUACCGCGCUUACUCUGGGCGAACUGGUGCUUGUUAAUGCGCAUUCAGUUGCGAACGAUGGAAAUUGGGGUGAUAGCAACGACACGAGCAUGAACAACGCUACGGCGCCAUCAUUGCCGGUACCUGGUACCGGCUCACUUGUUCUUGCUACCCUCAUCGGUGUCCUCUCAACAGUUGCUGCAGUUCUGCUUAUACAUCUCUGCUUUUUCCAUGGAUAUAUUGCUUGUCUCGGUCUCACCACGUACGAAUAUGUGCGUAGAAAGCGAGAGAAGAGCUCUGGCGUUGCCGCUGGCUCUAGAAUGACUUCCUCUAGUAAUCUAUACAGUGCAUCUUACUGCGAUACCGAUGACAGAGAAGAUAUUGAUCAAGGCACACGAAGCCUCUAUUCUCGCUUCUGCAAGAAUGGUUCUUUAUUUAAGAAAGGUGUAGAUACAACGAUGAUGACGGAAACCACGGAUGUGUACGUUUCCUCAACGCACGAGGAGGAAACGCGCAGCGGUGACGUGGUGGCGAAUAAUAAGGAUGCUUGCUCGAAGAAAGACCGGAAUUUUCGACUCUGUUUCUCGUAUGAUUCACGCACCAUUGAGACUUCUAUUAAAGUCUCCUCCUCACGGUCGAUCAACACGAUAGAGUUGGAAAAUCAUGGAGAAUCGCCAGACCUAAAGUCAUCAUCCACGCCUUCGCCGGUAUCUUGUUGUUUCUCCAUCAUGAAUUAUUCCGAAGGCAAGUAUGAUGGAAAGGACCGAAAGCGUCGUGCCAGCGGACAUCGUCUCGAAUCCUCAAAACGUUCCUGUGGAACGAUGAGAAGAAUACAGACGUUUUUACAGGCUCGUCUAAAAAAGAGUUCAAAAUCAAAAGCGACAACUUCGUCGGCUUUUGCUCGUUCUUGCAGUAACAAGAUAAUUCCGGAUGAUCCUUCGGACAUCGCGCCUGCAAUAACCGAACAUCAGAAUAGGGUCAUCGAAACGUUAGUAGCGGAGCUAACAACACCACCUGCGGAUCGUCCACAUCCACCGGCGAGAUUACCCGCUAUGGAUCUUCCAGAUACCGUCCACAAGAUUAGAAAAGUGCUUGCGAAUACCGGGAACAUCCCCGUUUUGGAACCGAUACCGCCUUGCGUAAUACCUAAACGGAAUCAAGCUUAUCUCAGUAGUCGGCGAAGUACAAACUUCUCCAGGAAGAGACCACGCUUUAAGCUCGGCUCAUAUGUCACGCAGACCGCUCAACUGUCACCGAUACCAGAGUCAGAGUUUUCAAAACCGGCCACACCUAGAUCGCCGUUGCGAUCGGGUCCCGCUUUUGCCUUCCCGCCAUUACGCGAGUAACUUUAUCAGCAGCGUCUUAUCGAGAGACAUUGUUUUUAGUAAUGGAAGUGUUUUAUUUAGAAAUAAAAUCCCGAAAAGUAUUAAGAUAUACUCAUUGUUAAUAUAUGAGUCUAUUCAUCGAGAUAUUUUUCAUAGCUUUAUAUUUUUAAAUUUAAAUUCGAGGAUAGUACUCAUAUACACGAUUCAUACUAAAACAGAUAUUUAUCAUAUUGCACAUUCGUGCAUUUUUUCAUUUUUUAUUAUUUCACUACAUACACAUUAAAGAUCUCAAAAUAAUUUAGUAUUAAAACAAAUUUAGUAAAUUUGCAUAAAUUAUUACAAAGUUUGUUAGGCCUUUCAAGAAAUAUAUUCAAAGUUAUACAUAUUUAAAUUCAGACAUCGUAUACAACGUAUAUUAUUAUAAUAUUAUGUGAUUUAUCAUAUUUUUUAUAUUCUCACAAUUUACAAACAUACUAAAAUAUAUUUUAAUAAUUGCAUUUAUAUCUAUAUUAAUAUGUGGACGUUAUCUGAACGGACAAAAAUUAAAUGAUAUGGAAAGAUAUACAGCAAAAGAUCAAUUUCUUUGAUUUAAGACCUUUUUUAGUUAAGCCUGCAACUUAAAAAAAUGAAAAACUCAUUUAAGAAGAUUUAUAAAAGUAUGAAACUCUUGUAAUUUAUGUUUUGUGUUAAGUUUAAUGUGUAAUUAAUUAUAAAUAAUAAUAAUUAUAUUUAGUUUUUUUCUCUCUCUCUCUCUCACUU